AUGCUUACGAUAUCAACCUGCAAGCUCGCCAUUUUCAUCUUUCUUGUGUCUUUCUUCUCAUGUUCAUCCGCUUCUGUAUUCACCAUAACGAAUAACUGUCCUUUCACGAUAUGGCCAGCCACCCUUUCUGGUUCAGGAACCACUCCACUUCCGACCACCGGGUUUCAAUUGAAUUCAGGUCAAAGUGUGCAGAUUCCCACCACCCCGGCGUGGUCUGGAAGAGUGUGGGCAAGAACGGGUUGUUCCUUUGAUGCUUCUGGUGUUGGAAAAUGCGAAACUGCAGAUUGUGGAGGGAAGAUGGAGUGUGGAGGGAUGGGUGCAACCCCGCCUGCAUCGCUCUUCGAGAUAACGAUCGGAGGGUACAACAAUAUGGAUUAUUACGAUGUUAGUUUUGUGGAUGGUUACAAUCUCCCGAUCAUUGUUGUCCCGCGCUCAUCUUCCGGUGGUUGUAAUGCCACCGGAUGUGCUUCAGAUAUCAACAUGGGCUGCCCAAAAGAGCUUCAGGUGGUGGGAGGGGAUGGUGGUGGAGGUGGCCGUGGCGGCGGGGGCGUGAUCGCCUGCAAUAGUGCUUGUGGUGCAUUCGGGAUUGACCAGUACUGUUGCAGCGGGCAAUACGCGAAUCCAAACACAUGCCGGCCAUCUUACUACUCUAGCAUCUUUAAGAGAGCUUGUCCACGAGCUUAUAGCUACGCAUUUGAUGAUGGCACUAGCACGUUUACCUGCAACGCUUACGAAUACGCCAUCAUCUUCUGCCCCAAUGCCAACAACAACGGGAUGGAACCAACAACUGGUCUUGGGCCAGGACCAGAACCGGGGGCGGGAGUUGGGGCGGGGGCAUUGGUCGCCCCGCAUAUAAAAGAUGGCAAGAUAAGAGGGUCUACGCAGACAAAUACAUCUUCAAACGCCAAUUUACCGGUUUCUAUACCAAUAUGUCUCAUUGUACUUUCAUUUCUUUCAACGUACCUUGUACAUAUAUAA